AUGGAACCGAUAUCGAAAGUCGAUGAACUUACACAAUGGUUCGGGGAAAAUGGAGGACAUCUCAACGAAGAGAUGGAAAUGCUUCACAAUCUCGAAUACGGUUAUCACUACGUCGCAAAGAGCAGACCAGUUAACCUCAAAGAAACUGUCUGCAGCUGCCCGUCUAGUUUGACCUUGUCCCACCUCAACGUGAUACCAGCGUCGCUAACCGGAAUCCAUGACAACCCAUUGUGGUUCAACGACGAAGAACUGGCGUAUCUCAAGGGGACAAACUUGCUUUCAAAUGGCGUUCCUCGCGAGCAAACUUCUAUAGGCUUUCGAGAAGGUAUUUACAAAGAGCAAUGGAAACUGGGAAUCGCAGAGCUCGAGAAUGCCAGUGACCCCACAGAGGAAUUUACAUGGGACCUCUUCCUGUGGGCUGCAACGAUAUUCUCUUCGCGGAGCUUUACGUCUGAUCUGUUCACAACAAGUGGAAACACGAAUGCUUCAUUUCCCAUCUUGUACCCUGUCCUAGAUAUCUUCAAUCACCGUAUUGGAGCGAAAGUAGGAUGGCAAUUCGACAAUGGCAACUUCAGUCUCUAUCUCGAAGAAAACGUCGAGCAAAGCCAGCAAAUAUUCAACAACUACUCGCCAAAGGGGAACGAGGAUCUUUUAAUGGGAUUCGGCUUUUGUAUCCCAGAUAACCCAUACGAUCAACUCGUCGUUCGACUCGGUCAGGUACAACCGGAAAUCCACCGCAAACUGCAUGACGGCAUACCGAGUCACUGGCGGUCCGAAACUUGGGAACCGAGGGAAUCCGUUUUCCAUCUUCAAAAUACAUCAAGCCAUACCGACGGCUCCUCCAGCAUGUAUGGAGUCCCGAAACUAAAUUGUCUACGUGGAAUACCCCCAGAAUUGGCGAAGUCGGUAUACAUAAUUAUACUCGCGCAUACUGAGGAUGCGGUGUUCGAGGAAGAAUUAGCGAACGAGAAACAGAUCUGGGCAAGCAUAAUUGACCUGUUGCUCAGUAAAAUGGAGGCUACUCUCAGGGAAAUCACGCGAUGGAACGGCGAACUUGCCGACUUCCACUCAGGUUGAAAAUUGAUG